AUGUGGCUGGCUGAAAGGAGUAUUGUUUGCAUGUUCACAGUACAGUAUAGCUUUAAGUCUUUUAUAAUCUGAUGGCAGGCUGUAUAUUCCAUUUUGGGUGAGCUAGUUCCUUCUUGUUGUACACACGUUGGAUCUUGAAACAUGGCUGCUGAUGAUACAUGCGUUACUGUUACAGAUAAUAUUCAAUUAACUGGUGACCUACAACUAAGUGCCUUACUAAGUUCUAUGAUAAAGGAACACACAGUUCUAGUAGAGAAGAGUCAACUACCACGCAUCAGAGAAAAGAAAGCCAAAGCAAUACAGGAAGUCAAAGCAAGAAUUGCAAAGACUAAACUCAGAGCGCUGGAUGAGAAACAGAUCUUGAAAAAGAUAGCCAAUAUGAAGGGACAUAUCAAGAAAAAGAUUGAAUUAAUGAAUCAACGCAAGACUGUAACACUAUGUCCAUGGGAGCAGGAAUUAUAUCAAGUAUUGAAAGGAAAAAGAGACUUCUCUGUAUCGAUGGUACCCAGUAGCCAUUCCAUGACAUCAAGCAUCAUUCCAAGUAGCAUGCCUGUUACAAAACCCGAUAAUACAUCUCUUUCGGAUGUAACCAUGGCAACAGAACUAGUACAUGAACGUGAUGAAAGCUGUGACGGAUGCAAGGGUGAAAUGGAAUUGGAAUAUUGUGAUGUGACAUCUCAUGAACCAAUGAGAGGAGUUAAGAGAAGUCAUCUACCCGGUGAAACAGAAGAAACAGCUUCACUAACCAUAGCAGAUCUUAGAAGAUUAGUACUACUAGAACAACUCAGAUAUACAAGAAUGAAAAUACGUCGACUGGAACAACAAGGAAUCAAAGAUGAUCAUCCGCCAUGUAACACUCAUUGCAACAAUUACUUUGACUGAAAUGAUCUCAUCAGUAGCAUUCAUGAACUAACUUUGCACUAAAUAUUUUCAGAG